GAAACUCCAUUGUUCACCGCAGCAAAUGGGUUCACGGCCAAAAAAUUCGAGUAGCUUACGGAUGAGAAGAGAAAGAAGAUCAAAAUCAGGCAAUGAGAAACGACCAAAAAAUGGAGUAGAUAGCUUUUCUAGCGAUGAUGGUGAUAAUUACAGUUCAAUUUCUGAAAAAUUGGAGGCUCUGAAGCAACUUCUCCCAGUCAACAAUGGUGAAUUAAAAGCAGAUCAGUUAUUCGAAGAAACAGCUGAUUAUAUUGUUCUUCUCAGAACUCAAAUCUUCGUUUUACAGAAGCUUCUCGAUUUUUAUGACGAUGCGGCCUCUGCUCAGUCCCAACUUAAUGCUGUAUAGUACGUUUAUUUCCUAAUUAAACAUUUCUCCCCUUCUUCUUCUUCUUUUUUAAUUAUUUUUUUCUUUUUAGUUAGGUUCUCAUGAUAUAUUAGAAUUUUACAUUUUUUUGAAUUUUUUUUGAGUUUUAGCGUAUAUUUCUGUAAUGUCCCUAAUGGGAAGGGGUAAUGAUGAUUCAUUCUAGAUAAGAGAUGAAUUAUAUAUUUUAUGGUUAAAAAAUUAUUUUCAUUAUUUCUUUUCAUGCUUGGACCGUUUAAUUUUAGGA